CUUUCAUAACCAUAUGACCAGGGGCACGUGAUAGCGGACGUCGAUGCGUAACGUAAUAGUUAACAGUGUUUUAGUAUUUGAGUACCAUCGGUAAAGCUCAAUAAAGGUACAUACAGUGUAGCUGUCAAGGCACAAACUGUGGGUUCUAUUGGGUAAGUUAAAUCUGUACAAGGAUAAUAUAAACAAAUUGAUCAAAAUGUUUGGAAAAAAGAAGACAGUGGAAGAACAACUUCGGGAUCAGGAUCGUCAGAUGAAGAGGACACAACGGGAGCUAACGAGGGAUCGGACGAAGAUGGAACAAGAGGAGAAGAAAUUGGAGAUGGAAAUUAAAAAAGCAGCGAAACAAGGAAAUAAACAAGCUUGUAAUAUUCUGGCGAAGCAACUUGUGCAAAUGCGAAAGCAGAAAAAUAGAUCUUAUGCCACAAGCUCCACUAUUACUUCUGUAGGGUUAAAGACUAAAGGCAUGCAUGCUAAUAUGAAAAUGGCGAAUGCUAUGGGUAAAACUGCGCAAACUAUGGGUAAAGUUAAUAAGCAAAUGGACCCUAAACGCAUGGCCCAGAUCAUGCAGCAGUUUGAACAGGAAAGCACGAAGAUGGAGAUGAGUGAAGAGAUGAUCAAUGAUACAAUGGAUAGUGUCCUCUCGGAGCCAGGAGAUGAGGAAGAAGAAGAUCAAAUUGUGAGCCAAGUCCUCAGUGAAAUUGGGGUCUCAAUGUCCGGCAAAUUAUCAGGCGUUAACGUUCCUUCACAUGAUGUUGGUGAAAGUAACCGGGAAUAUGAUGAUAUUGAAGCAAAACUAAAUGCACUUCGUGCACCUGCAGAAUGAGAUAAUGAAAAAAACCUUUUUUUCUCUUUCAAUUUUCUUAGUUCUUUCAGAUCUUUGUGCAGCAUGAUAUAAAUGCACAUCAAAAAAGUUUAGCUUUUCCUUUUAGUAUGGGAAGUCACCUUUAAAUGGAGGUUCAUUCCACAAUUUCACCCACUACUUACAAAGUGCUAUUAUCAGAUUUUUUUAUUACUGAUCGUCUGUUGAAAGUGUAAACCUUCUUCAAAGUGCUUUCAAUAUUUCUUGUAUGUUAUUGGUAUGCAAAUGAUAUGCAGUUACAUGUAAGAAAGCUUUCAUAUCAUUGUAACUUAUGCUGGUACUCCACAAUAUUGGAAGUACUUUUAGCUCAAUAUUUGCCUUUCCUUAUCAGUUGAAGGUAUUAUCAAAAACAUUGUACCUUUAUUUUAACCAGUAAAUUAUAGUAAAUUAUUUCACACAUUUCUAAGUUUUUAUUGUAGUAAUUAAACUGGAUAAUAAGAAUAACUAUACAUGCUGCUAAAGUAGGAACGGGAAUAUUUUGUGUCUUGCACUUAUAGUUUGAAUUUAAUGAAAACAUCUUCUAUUAAAGAAAAACUUUGUAUGUUUUGUGAAG